AUGGCCUCCAAAGCCGACAAGAUCGAAAAGAUCAUCGCCCGCCUGCAGGCCCGCACGGCCGAGGGCCAGUACUACGAGGCCCAGCAGCAGACCCGCGUCGUGGCCGCCCGCUACGUCAAGGCCGCCAACUGGCCCGCCGCCGUGGACAUACUCGCCAGCGUCGCCCAGUCCCUGCUCAAGGCCGGCCAGGGCGGCUCCGGCGGCGACCUGUGCCUCAUGCUCGUCGACGUCUACAAGCAGGCCGAGCUCAGGCCCGACGCCGCGAGCAAGGGCCGCCUGCUGACGUGCCUGCGCCUGUUCGGGCCCGGGGAGCCGACGAGGAAGACAUUUAUCAGCGAGAUGAUUGCGUGGUCCAGCAAGUUCGGCGACUACCCGGCCGGCGACGCCGAGCUGCACCACGUCGCGGGCAGCCUGUACGCCGAGGAGCACGAGGCCUACGAGGCGGAGCGCCACCUGGUGCUCGGCACGCGCGACUCGGCCGAGGUGCUGGCGCGCAUGGAGUACGCCUGGUACAAGGAGGACGAGUCGCACACGGCGGCGCUGUACGCGUCGCGCGCCGUGCUGCCCUACCUGCUCGUCGGCAACCUGCGCGCCGCCAACGCCGCCUACCGCCUCUUCGCCAGCCAGCUCGCCGACGCCGGCGCCGGCGGCGUCCAGGACGUCAGCACCGCCACCGCCGACGUGCGCAUCUUCCCGGGCCUGCCGCUCCUCAACUUCCUCGGCCUGCUGCUCCUCGCCAUCCAGCGCGGCACCCCCGACGCCUACCGCACCCUCGUCAACAAGUACGCCGCCAACAUUGCUGAGCUCGGCGCCUGGAACGAGGCCCUCGAGAUGGUCGCCGAGAUGUACUUUGGCAUCGUCAAGCCCAGGCAGAGCAACCCCCUCAUGGAUAUGAUGGGCAGCCUGUUCGGCGGCGGCGCCGCGGGAGGUGGUGGUGGCGGUGCGCAGCAGAGGAGGGCGCCCACGAGGCGAGUCGAGGCGCCUGCGCCGGCGGGUCUCGACUAA